AUGGCGGGCAAGAAACCUCGUCCGGCCUGCGUCGAGGACUUCGAUGAGGAUGAGGAUGACAUCGUACCCGAGAGCCGGCAGGUGGCCAAUACCGCGGCCAAAGUAGUGACCAGGUCUGAUCACAGAUUCCCAGCGGAGCCGCUGAUCGACGUCGCCAGUGACUCAGGAUAUUCUAGUCGCACCGCCGCCACGGCCAACAGCACCCAAUCUGGGCCGUCGGGCGGAAAAUCCCCUCCGGCCCCUCUUAAGCUGGACAUGCCCAAGCAGCGAGCCGACCUCGCCAGGAAAGGCUCAACUCGCCAGCACCGCAAGGACAAGGAACGCUCCCGGCCCAGCCACGACGAGAGUAUGCGGGUUGGUGCCUACCCGGGCCCCGCCCAAUAUCAUUCCUCUCACGUGCCCCGGUCGCCGUCCAAGUCUCGUCGACGAGAUCGACGCGACUCGACCAUCCGUCAAUACCACGACGUCGACUACCACUACGAAGGUGGUGCCCCCAUCUAUCAUCCCUCGUCGACCUCCAUCUCGACUCCCGUCGACCGCUUCCCGCCGGGCAUGGAGUAUGCUCCGCCGUACUCGUAUCUGGGCCGUCCGCCCAUGCCCGACUUUGGUCCCUCGUCACCACGCGGUCCGCCUCGUUGGGCUCAGGGCUACGAAGAGUACCACCGUCCCUCCAACCGAACCAGCCGGUCCAACUCGUACCGUCACUCCGGGGGCUACCAUCAUGACCGACCCAUGAGCAUGGGCAUCCACGAGAUGUCCUCCAUGGUGCCGCCUAUGUAUCCUCCGAGUUAUGGCUAUGAGCAAUAUGGCCCACCGCCCUCGAACUCGGCUUUCUACAGUUCAUCGCCGUAUGGACAGGGAUCCUACACGGGUGGCUAUGCUGGCUCGGAGUAUGGUGCUCCAUCGGAAUAUCCACGGGAACGAUCUCGAUCUCGACCUCCACGGGCUGACCGUGAGCCAUCUCGUUCUCGCCGUGCCUCGGUAUACGAGCGUCACCCAUUGGAUCAAGAGGUUUUCCAGGAUUUCGAGGAGAUGGAGCCCAUCGAGCGCUACUCUUCCCGCGAAAUACCUCGUGGACACAGCUCCAAGUAUAGCCAAGGCCGUGACGAGGACUAUUAUAAGAUGCCACCCCCACCAGCACCAGCACCAAAACCCAGGGCGGCCCCACAGAUCCACCAGGCCAAACGGCCCGACCCUCCUCGCAAAUCUCAGACGGUGCAAACCAUUCCCGCACGCCGAAGUUCUCGAGCGGCCGACCGCAUGGAUAUGUCGGAAAUCGCCAAUGCGUUGCCAGACUACGCCACUCGUCGUCUCUCCCGAGAGGCUGGUAUCAUGCCCGAGCGGAGCCAGAGUCUGCGUGACAGCAAGCGGUCCAGCUCUUACCACGACACUGGCCGUGGUGCCCGAGUAGCAGUCGAGAACUCCCGUCGACGUCGACCCGAUCGUUCGGAGCAGUACUACUACGAAGCUCGCACCAGCCAUGCGAGCUUGGAAGACCAAGAGCGAGGUAUUGAGGAAUAUCAGGCCGCCAAGUCGGGUCGAACACCCGGUCAAGCCGCACUACCCAUGUCAACGGAGUCACUCAUUCCGAUGAUGGCCAGCGGUGCAGGGAGCGACAACGGCAGCCAGAAGAGUCGGUCGAACAGUAGCCGCGGCAGUGGCAGCGGGACCGGCUCCAAGGCAGGCGCUGAUAAGAACAUCAGCCUCGUGAUGGAUGGCGUGCAACUUGGAUUCACCGAGGAGGCUGUCCAGGGCAAGUCGAUUAACAUCCGAAGUGGCGAUGCAGGCGGGUUCCACCUUAGCAUUGGUGGUAGCCGCAAGCAGAAGGCCUAUUUGCCUGCGGGCUCCUCUUACUCCGACCAUACGGGCACUGCAAGCCGUCGAGAGCUGGAAGAUGUCCGGCGCCCACGCGAUGAUCGCCGCUCGGAACGAUCUAGCCGGCGGGCUUCCCAGUCCACCUAUGGCCGGAAUCGAUUCUAA